AUGUUGAAAAUAAUUAACCUACAGCAGUUAGAAGACAUAGGUCGGGGAGGGUUCAGUUUCCGAUCGUUCCGUUGGGUUCUAGCUCUGCUCUUCGCAAUUGGAGAGGUCAACGAAAGCCCCGGGGCUCUGCCAAACCUGACAUUAGGGGUGGCCGUUCUGGACACCUGCAGCAAUGCAAACGAAGCCCUACGUGGUGCAGCUUAUCUGCUUUCAGGACACCACGGAGGACCCCUCACCCACCAAUGCUGGGGUGGACAUCCUAGGCUCGCCGCAGUGCUGGGCGACUCGGGGGCAGAGUCCGCUCUAAGCGUGGCCAAAGUGAUUGGGAUCUACAAAUACCCCCAGAUCAGCUAUUUCACGCCUCCUCUAGAAUUUGGUGACCGCGUCCUUUUUCCUUCCUCCCUAAGUGUGGCUCCUGCCCUCUUCUUCCAGGCCAAAGGCCUCGCACGACUGCUCCAGGUCUUUGGCUGGUCCUGGGUUGGAGUUCUUUCUCAAGCAGGGAGUGCAUCUACAGUAGCGCAGACUUUUCUGGAGGAAAUUGAGGCUAUGGGGAUAUGCUUGGCUUUCUGGGAAGACGUCCCUUCUUCUCCAAAAGAUAUAAGCCGUGUGGCAUCUGUUAUCAGACGCUCAACAGCUAAUGUAGUGGUUGUUUUCUCCCUUGAAGCCUACCUGAACCCUGUCCUGGUGGACCUUGCCUUCAACGGGGACGGUAGGGCAAGGGUUUGGUUAUCUACCGAGGCAUGGUCUACAUCCCCAAGGCUUGUGACUCCAUGGCUGUCUCGCUUUCUCCAGGGAUCUUUAGGAGUGGUUCUUCGAAAUGGGGCAGCUCCUGGCUUCAAGGAAUUUGUAUUUGGGCUUCACCCCAGCAAAACACCCAAGAAUCCAUUCAUUAGAGAAUUCUGGGAGGAAGCAUUCCGUUGCCAGUGGGUUACAGAAAGUGAUCCUUCCCUACCCUUUAAUUUAUCUCUAAAGGUCUCUAAACCUUCAUCCAUUUCUACCUCCACCUCUGUGUCCCUACAUUCUAACACUUCAUCUGUCCUUUCUUCUAAUUCUCAUUCUCCCACCUCCACUCCCUCUUCAUUCAGUUCCUCAACUCUACCAUUUAACAAUUCCCAUACUAUCCCCUUUUGCACUGGGUUGGAGGAGCCUGCCUCCUUGCAGAUAUUCUCAGACAUCGAUGACCUGCGGGUAACAUACAAUGUCUACAAAGCGGUAAAAAUGGUGGCCAAAACCCUGAAGGACAUGGCCACCUGUAAAAGCACGGACGGCCUGUUGGAUGGAGCCAGCUGUAUAGACAUGCAACAUUUUAAGCCCUGGCAGUUCCUCUACUACCUACGUAGGGUUCGUUUGAAAGGAAAUGUCGAUGAAGAACUAUAUUUUGACUCUCUCGGAAAUGCGCCCGCCGUUUAUGACAUCAUCAGCUGGCAGGAGGAGCCCUCGGGGGUCACUAGCUGGGUUAGAGUGGGAAGCUAUGAAACUGGUGCUCUUCAUGGUCAAGACCUGCUCAUCAACCAUAGUGCUCUCUUGUGGUGGUCACGUAAAGAUAAGCCUCCCGUAUCUGUAUGUUCUGAAAAUUGCCCCCCUGGCUUCUGGAAAGCACGACGAGAGGGGCAACCUCACUGCUGCUUUGAUUGCAUACCCUGCGCCGCGGGUAAAAUCUCCAAUCAGACGGAUUCUGUAGAUUGCUUCCCAUGCGCAGAUCACGAGUGGCCAAAUUACAUUCAUGACCAAUGCCUUCCACGGGCUGUUGAGUUACUGUCCUUCUCCGAACCUCUAGGCAUCUCGCUGGGGACUACCUCCAUCAUAAGCUCCAUCUUGCCAGCAGCUGUGCUUCUUCUUUUCAUCAGGAACCGAGACACACCAUUGGUCCGUGCCAAUAACCGGGCCCUCAGCUUCAUAUUACUGGCAGGCCUCACCCUAUGUUUCCUAUGCCCCCUUCUCCUCCUCCUUCCUCCAGGAAACCAAACUUGUCUUUUGCGUCAGGCCGCCUUCGGGGUGCUCUUCACCCUCUGUAUAUCGUGCCUUUUGUCCAAAACCCUGAUUGUUGUUCUAGCAUUCCGAGCGAAUCACCCAGGUGGCUGUGUUAGAGUGUUAAUGGGACCGAGGUGGCCCAUACUGAUUGCCCUUUCUUGCACGUUCCUCCAGUUUAUUCUUUGUUUCUCCUGGAUCAACAUAACCCCACCUUUUCCAGAGCAAGAUAACAAAAGCCUUAUGGGAAAAAUAAUUAUCCAGUGUGACGACGGUGUUGGCUUUUGGUUCAUGCUGGGCUACCUGGGGGUAUUGUCCACAAUCUGCUUUUUGGUUGCUUUCUUGGCCAGGAAACUACCAGGUGCUUUCAACGAGGCCACUCACAUCACCUUCAGCAUGCUGGUGUUCCUCAGUGUCUGGGUAUCCUUCGUUCCGGCUUAUCUGAGUGCCAAAGGCAAGCUUUCAGUGGCAACCGAGAUAUUUGCCAUUCUUUCCUCCAGUGCAGGUCUCCUUUUUUGCAUCUUCUCUCCCAAGUGCUAUAUUAUUCUUCUGCGACCCCAUCUCAAUACUCGGGCGUUGGUUUCUGGCCAGCAGAGAAGACAACCCGCCAACCACCAACGCGUUUCACCACCACAAUGGAGAAAGAACCUCAGAUCCUGA